AUUAUUAUUAUUAUUAUUAUUAUCUCCUCCAGUGAUAGAGAGGGAGUGUCUGGUAGUGAGAGACUAUUACUGGUGGCCUUCAGUGAGACGUCUCUUUGAGUCUCAGGUACUCAUUGGUACUUCAUUAAGAGGAACCCACAAACUCAGUUCUCACGAUCUACUCACAUUCAUAAUACAAUCAGCAACCUUUCAAACUAAUUACCGUUCAUUAAAGCAGACUUAUGAGUUAGCAAUGUUAGAAGAAGGUGAGUUUGAUGAGAGAGUGUUCCUCAACAGUUCAGAGACUGAUCAUGAGGAGGAGGAGCUCCUGGGAAGAUCAGAUGAAAAGAAUGAGAGAUUGGAGCCAAUCGGUGUCAUUUAUCAAUCUCCCCAGUAUUUGCAGUAUGGUACUCCGUUAAGCGGAAGAGAAUAUUUAUCAACAAGAGAAAACAAGUUGACUCCAGUAUCAGAUGCUAAUCAAUCAGUGAUACAGUUACAUUUAUUAUUAGAAGAAUCACUACCAGAACCAACUGACAUCAUCUAUAACACGUGCAGGUAUAUUAAUAGUCUAUUAACCUUAAUAUAUUAACCAGUUAACCCUACGGAGAUAAUGCAGAUAGGACCGUCUAACU